AUGGGGUCUAAAGCGUCGAAAUCGACAUCUAGAGAGAGUGUCGAGCACGGGUCAAACCACGACAACAAAUGUCGCGUCACUUCAGCGGCGACAUGGGUACAGACGGAGCAAGUAAAACUGGGUGUAAGCACAGAUUGGAUUGAAGAAGGUGUGCAGACGGAGCCAGUCUUAGUUCGACCGCUUGUACCGCGAAAGGUUUAUAACCUCCUAGAUAAGAACAACGAUGACGUUGACGAUGUUUCGAUAUUUUCAGACGUUACUUCUCUGUCAGCUGAUGUCUCCUUCUUCACUGAGGUGCAAUUGUCAAACCAGGCUAAGGAGACUAAUGACCCCUGCACCAUGUCUCCAGACUCUGGCUGUUUUACGGCCAACAUUUAUUUGGAGGACACGCAGCGAAUGAAAGACACAGGAUUUGAAGGAGCAGAAGCACCUGUUCCUACCAAACGACAUCGCCGUGUGCUCGAGUCUCAGGAGACCCCAGUGAAUUUAAACGCGGCCAAAUUUGAGUGCUGUAUGUGGGUACCAACGGAAGAAGUGGCGAGAAUCUUCGCGACGUCGAAGGACCGCCGAAUAGAGGCAAUUGCACGCACCUGCAACUGCCAGUUCCUGCUCACCGACACUGAAAGAGUUAACAAGAAUCUGGGCUGUCAAAAACUCGUCUACAUUCUCUCCAACACACGAGCUGAUCUGGAGAAGUGUAGAGGCAUUCUUGACGACAAGUUUCCCGCCUUCUAUGCCAAGUCUUCAGAAGUGGUUCACCGACAGGCGCUAACGUAG